UCUUUCCUGUACAUAAGGAACCAUCUUUAGCUGUUAAAUAAUUCUCUAAUGUCUCUACUUUAUUUAGGCUAUCGUUUGGAAGCAAUGAGUUUAAAACCUUUCACCUACCCGUUUCCAGAGACAAGGUUUCUUCAUGCGGGAUCCAAUGUAUAUAAAUUCAAAAUCAGAUAUGGCAACAACAUCAGAGGGGAAGAUGUAGAAAAUAAGGAUGUCAUCGUCCAGGAGCUGGAGGAUUCUAUUCGUGUGGUCUUGGGAAACUUGGACAAUCUGCAACCAUUUGCUACAGAACACUUCAUUGUAUUUCCCUAUAAAAGCAAAUGGGAGAGUGUGUCCCACCUGAAAUUCAAACAUGGGGAAAUUGUCUUGGUUCCCUACCCAUUUGUUUUCACUCUGUAUGUGGAGAUGAAAUGGUUUCAUGAAAAUCUGUCAUCUAGAAAACCAAUAAACAACAGUCCUCUUGGGUUGGUCCUAGCAGAGAAGAAAGCAGCAGGAGCCAUGAUGAGGAAACGAAAACGCAUAGAAGUGCCCGGCUCCCCCAGCAGGCCACGGCUGGACAGGGCCAAGAUGGGGACUUCCAGCCAACGGCUCAGCAAAAAGAAGCCCCCUAUGGAAACCAGGAGGAACAGGGAAAGAAAAACCCAGCAAGAAUGGCAGGAGACCCCAGCGUUUGAUAUCACUGAUGUCCAACACCAGGAUUCUAAGUGGGAGGAUAGCCCAGCAGGGAAGAUUAUCCCACCAUUGAAGCAAAACAAUCCACCUCCACCUGAAGGACCCACAGAGCUGGGAACCACUGGCUUCUUUGGGUUUCUAAGCUCUCUCUUCCCAUUUCGGUAUUUCUUCAGAAAGAGCAGCCAGUGAGCCUUCUAAAUGCAGCGGUGGGAAGAGCAUUGUCUCUUGCAGUGACUCCUCCCACUCCAUCCUCUGCUUAUGACACUCCAGUCAUGAAAAAUGAGGGCCCCAAACUCCCUGAGUCCUCCUGUGGGUUUGUCCUGUCAUUUACCUCUUUACAAUGGAAUGUUUUUUCUAAUUUAAAAUGCUAAGAAAAGAACAUAACUUUCUAAAAUGCUCUAGUCUGAGAAUUUUACUGCCCUGUAGGCCAGUUAGGUCUUUCAUCUCCAGCACUUAGGUUCCUAAUGACAAUAAAUUAUUUAUGAAGAGUUAUUGACUGAAUUUAGUGAGUUAGAGCAAACUCUUGUCUCAAGAUACAGAGAAACAAUGCCUGAAACCUCCCGUGUCUCCCUGAUUAUUGUUGACAGAACAUUUUGGGUAGGCGGAGACUGUACCAUUAAACUUCCCAGGCGGGGUUAGAGAAUGAGGUCUUGCAAGACUAAAUGUCCUGAGCCCUGCUGACCCUCAAGAAAUCAUGUCUCCUCAGUUCACCCAGUUUGGUCCCAAAGUGCAUCUCUUAGUAGAUAAAUGCUUCUCACCUACCUAUCCCUUUGGCUCUAGACAGUAAUGCAGAUUAGCUGAUCAGAUUAACUGGAAAUCAGUGUAGGUUAGGGUCCCUGGAGAAGACCAGGACAUCUGAACUGCUUUU